GGAGGAAACAGGGAUGGAAGGGAUCAGCAGUGAUAACGGAGAGGAAGAAUACCCUGCAUUAAGUCCGUUGGUGGUAGCAUGGCCGCAGAAUUCCUAAAUGGGAAGGAUGCAAACUCUCUCCUCAAGCGUUUUCCACGGGCUAAUGGGUUCCUCGAGGAGUUUCGGCAGGGCAACAUCGAGAGGGAGUGCGUGGAGGAAAGCUGCAGCUUCGAGGAGGCCAAUGAGGUGUUUGAGAACAAGGAAAAAACAAUGGAGUUCUGGAAGACGCGCAGUUUGUACACCGUGAACAACAACGCGGACACACGUUCAGGGCGUGCCGACACCGUGUACAUGGUUGUACCCCUGCUGGGCGUGGCCCUUCUCAUUAUCAUCGCACUCUUCCUAAUUUGGCGCUGCCAGCUCCAGAAGGCCACGCGUCGGCGGCCAGCGUACACGCAGAACCGCUACCUGGCCAACCGCAACACGCGCAGCCUUCCCAGAAUCCUCGUACACCGCGACACCCCUUCGCAUACGGACAACUCGCACUCCAACGAGAGGCACUCCAACGCGGUGCUCAGCGGAGGCGAAAGGGAAAGAGGCGGAGUUAUCUCAGGGACCCUGGACUGCUCGUUGCAGCCUCCGAACAGCCGCGGACUCUACGUGCAGGACUCGUCUAUGUCCGUGGCGUCUCGUCUGUCGGGGGCCACACCUCCUCCGUCUUACGAGGAAGUGACAGGCCACUUGGAGAGCAGCAGCGACGAGGUCACAACCCCUUACAGCGACCCGCCACCCAAGUACGAGGAGAUCGUUAAAGAAAAGUAAGGGAGUGUGCUAUGUAGAAAGGAACCUCAGUGUGUUUUGGAUCCACCCAAAAUUUCAUAAGGGUGUACACGAGGCGCACUACUACAUUUAUUUUUUUUGUCAUCAUUAAUAGUACUUUUUUUCCCUUGGAGUUGUGCUUGCUUUCGUGGAUGGAACACCUGUGUUGAUUUUUUUUUUCUUUUUUUUCCACUCUAACUGAACCACAACCAGCUGCUCACAGCACGGCUACACCUCACGUCAUCGUCAGUGUCUUUCACCACAUUCAGUGCUUUUAAUGAAUCAAGCCUCCACUCUUGUUAAAUGCAGCAAGACACAGACACAGGCUGUUUUUACAGACACAAGCUGCUUUGUUGGAGCCGCAAAAACCUAAAAAGAAAGGGACAAGCGCUUUUUAUUUUUUUAUUUUACCAAAUGGAGAGUCUAGCAUUUAAUGGAAAGUUCACGUGCCAUACAUAUUCCACAUGUUCGUUGCUACUGGAGUAACCAGGAAGUGAUGACAAUGGCGGCGUUCUUAUUAAACUGCUUCACGAAUAUAGACAUAGCGUUAGUCGGGUUAUUGCAUCAGAAAGGAAAACGAGUAGGUGACUUUCAAAUAAUAUGCAAAUAAUAAGAGAUGUGACAGCAUUAGAAAGAUUUGCCACUGUUCGUAAAAUGGAAGCAGAGGUGAUUCUAUGGUAUGUCCGGCGCUCUGGAGAAAAAAAAAUUAGCUGAGAGCCUCACAAACCAGCAAUCGUCACCAUUAUCAUAUGAAUAGUAAAAGGGUUUGCCAGCCCUCGGGGCCCCUUCUAGCCCUGGGGCCACAAGCAGUUUCCUGUUGACAAGCAGCGCCUCUGACUAGCCAGAGAUUUCACCAGGGCUUACUCUUAAUACUGUGCUCACAAAUACACACAAUUCUAAGACGCUGCAUGUCCGUACUGAAUUUGUAGCAGCAGCUCAUCUCCUGGGGCAGGUAGGGCAGAGCGGCAAUGUAUAAAUCAGCUGUUUGACUAAUCUCUAUCUUUAUAAAGUCCACAUGUACAUGUAUUUUAAAUAUCUUUAAAGAUACUACUUAUUUCUUUUCUUCUUUUUUUUUUUUGCCUGAUUUCUAAAUGCCUCAUUUUGGCAACAAGCUGCAACAAGGCCCACUGGGACGGGAUUAACGCUGCCCCAAUGCACACUCUAUCAACCUUUUUUAGUGAAGAAGGAGCAAUUGAGAGAACAAUUAAUGACAUGGGUUGCCCAGGGCAUUGUUUUUACUCCAGAUCAGUGUAAAUAUUUUGGUUAUUUUGGAUUUUGAAGCGGGAAAUAGUGUAAAACAAAACAUGUUCAUUUUACGCUAAAAACAGUUCGUUUUUUUAUGGAAAUUUUUUGAUAGAUAGUAACUGUUAAUGUCGCUCUGCCCAACCAGUGUGUAUAGUUAUGAGCUGCUGCUGCCAGUCAAAAAAACAAAAACAAAACUCAAACACACUAUAGACAGAUAGCACAACUACUGGAUAACCUAACAUUCCAGAUCCCUAAAUAUUCUUCCCCCUUGUCCCUCCCUCUGCUCUCUGACUGUUUACAGCUUUUCUUACUCUUUUUUAUAACGGCUUAAACAAACUGUGUAAAAACUUUAAAGAAAAAAAAGUAUUCCAUUGCUUUCAACUUCACCAAGUGCUAUACCAUAGUAUUUUGUACAAUGCUGCUCGUCUUCACGUCGUUUCAUUCCUCACAAAACUAUUCACGCCUCCCGGCUCUGAGUCUCAACGAGUCGCUAAACUGCCCGACCGAAUAGUCCUUUUCUUUCCAGCUCAGGUUUAAGCCAAUCGACUGCCACCUUUGCAGGAAAUCAUUGUGUGUGUAUUACAGUCUGGAGUAUACAACAGACGCACGGAUGUGAAAUACUUUCUCACUGCCAGUACCAAACCUAAUGAUCGUGCACAGUGUGUUAUGAAGUGAAACGGAGGAUUGUAGCAGGUUUAAGGGCAGUUUAUUUUAGCACAGAUAUAAAUAUAAAAGAACAUAGGUUAACAUGUUUAGCUGAGUGUAUUAGUAGGACUCCCAAUCCAAAGAGUUUGAGAAAUAAAUCCUUAGUGUUGACUCUUAUUUACGUUUCGCAGACGCUUUUUUACGCUUUUGCAUUUUGCACGUUGCAUUUCAUUUUUCAUUUUGAAAGCGAAGAAACUUAUUGGUAUUAUUGAAAAUUAAUUCUUUUUCUCAGCAUUCUGCGUUUUCUUCCAAAAUUGGUUACUCCUCAGUUCCCAUCCACCUCCUAGCUCACACUAUAAAUGAUGCCUGCAGGCUGAGGAGGAUGACGGCUUGAGACAAUCACAUCAUCUCAAACUGCUGCAAACUCAGAGAAAUGACCUGAUGAUCUGCCCUCUUCUAAAUGGACGAGCGCAAAUACAACAGGGCAGCAAAAAUAAUUUGUAACAAAUAAGAUAUUUGCUGUUUUUUUUCCCAUUUUUUAAAACUUGUUUCUUUAAACAAAGUCGAGAAGUUAUUAUGAAUUCAAAUAUUAAACAAAAAUUACAAACAAAGAGCCAACCCAGGAAUACAAGUUCAGCAUUCUUUAUGCUUUUUUUCCUUUGCUUUGGCUACAGUGUGUGGGUCUCCUUACUUUGUUUUUUUAUUGUUAUUUUUUUGUUUUUAAUUACAUUUUUUUUUUUAACACAAGCAUGUAUUGGAGUUCUUUAAUUAUAUUAAUGAUCUUUUCGGCCAGUAUUAAGAUCACAAUUAUUUAACACGAUUACUUAUUGACAUGCAAUUAUUAAACUUUUUUUUCCUGCAAGAUAUUUUUAAACGUGCAAUAUAAUUCAACUGGAAAACCAUUAAAACCAUUAAAAAAAAUAAGUGUUAAAAAAACUAGAGAGAGUUUGGGCUUCAACAAAUUGUUUAGUGGUCUAAAAUUGACAAAUUCCUUAAAAAUUUACCCCAACUUUCGUGCAAAAAGCAUAAUCAUGUUUCGCAAGAUCAUCCUCUUCUUUUGAGUUUAUGUGAGGUUGGUGUGCUAUCGCCACCUAUUGGACUGGAGUGUAGAGCGGAAGAUUAGGCAGACAUGACAUUUAAACAACCAACAAGUUGGUACACGUCAUUUCGAAAUGUAUUAAAUAAUUUUAGUAGAUUUUAAUACUAUAAGGAAUAUAGCUGCUUGAGACAAUAAACAUUCGUGCUGGUGAAUCGCAUCGGAAAUCGCAAUGCCGAAAAAUAAAUGAAACUGAAAAAAUAAUACUCAUUGACUUAAAAUUCACAAACAUGUAAUUUUAAACAUUUAAUUUAGCUUUUUUUGUUUUCCUAAAUUCACAAUGAAAAAUGCCCAACAUCGACUGAACCAUUAAGCUCAGGCUUUCUGCUUACCUUCUGUUUUCGGAUCCCAACAACAGGUCUAUCCUGGGAUUUAAUCUGGGAUGGGAUACUAAUCCAGAUUACAAAUCUAAACAAGAAGCUAUUUACUACUGAUUAUAGAAAAGUGGCUGAAAUGAGUUAAAUGCACAAAGUGCAAUGUGUGUGUGUAACAAAAUUUGACAUACAGACUGUGAAGUUUUCUCAUUCUUUGAGCACAGAAGAUGUGUUGAUCAUGAAACUUCAUGAAACCUGUUCGGUAUUCAAUUAAACAUCCAGUUGUUUCACACAAGUUUCUACACGGACUGAAACUCUGAUUGAGUGAAAUUUUACACCAAGCCCUAGUGAUUGUGUUGAGCGUAUUGAUGUGUGGAAAGUCUGAUCCAAGAUCAGUUUGUGAUUUUUGCUCUUGACGAGUGAGCUUGACAAAGUUUGAUGAGUGAAAGGGCGGAUAUGUGAAGCUUGGAUGCUGAAAAGGUGUUUGAUCAUGAAUUAUGUAUACUAAAUAUACUAAUAUACUAAGUAUAACUAAAACCUUUGAGAUUUAUACAUAUAUAUUUACAUACAUAUAAUUUGCAUCUCAAACCCAUAACCAGUAAGUUUUUAUGUUAAUAAAUGUAAGGUUUAGAAACAUUAACAUUUAUUAAAUAUGUCAUAGUUGAAGUGAUCUGUAUAGAAUUUAAAGACAUGACGUUCAUAUUCAGAUACUUUUGCCAGCUUCUAAUGAGAGAGAGAGAGAGACAGUACAGUGAGUACCUGUGAUGUCUUGGGCAUAUUAUCUUUACUACUAAAAUUACUAGUUCCAACUUAAAAAUAAUAAAUAAAUAAAUGACAUUAAAGAUGAGUUUUCACAUGCAUUUAAAGAAAGCAACAUAUUACAUGACAGACCGGUUUUCAGAUAAAAACGACAACAGAAAAAACUUAAUGUUGGUCGCCAUGGGUUUUGCAUAAAAAUAAAAGGUAGCGAGUGUGACAGUUACCCGAACUAUCCAACCAUAUUCUCCAGCAUGCUCAGUAAAACCUAACAUCUGUUUUACUUCCAGUUUUGUGCAAAUGUGUUACAUACAAAAUGUUUUGAGAAAAGCGGCUUUUUAAAAAAUCCAUAGCAGAAAUGUUUAUAAAGGUCCGGUGUGUAAACCUUUUGCUUGAAAUAAUCAGUAGUGUUAGAUAAAGAUUUGUGAGGUUAUAUAAGUAAAACAGCUGUUGUGUUUUACUGAGCAUGCUGGAGAAUAUGCCAGAAUUCUUCUGAUAACUCUGUCACACUUGCCACUUUCUAUUUUCAUGCAUUAACAUGACAUAUAUUGCAUUUUUUUUUAAAUUUCGUUCAAACCUUACAUGUCUUACUUUUUUUUUAAGAAAAAAAAUGUCUAGCUUUUUACUACAGUUUUAGAUAUACAAUAUAUUUUAUGUUCAUGUACUGGUUACACCUAUUUCUUCACUUUUUUUUUAUCAAUGAGCUCUGAUGAUACAGUAUUUGUUGUUGUAAAACCUGUUUGUCAUAUGAACAAUUAUCAGUCCAUGUUUGUGUGAAAGUGUAUAAAACAAGUGAAACGUAUAUCUCCUGGCUUAUUUUUAUCUUUUCCGUUUUACAUAAACCUACCAUUUUUAACAUAUUCACUCGGGUAAACUCACUGGCCUAUUACUUGACUUUAAUAGAAAUGUUGUUUCAUCUUAGAGUUAUCCAGCUAUCAGCCAAUCAAGUAGCAGUGGUGUACAAAUAUAGAAUUUCUCAUUGAGACCUUCAGUAAACUGCUGAUCUUUUGGAAUUUCUUUUUUACACCACUGUAUCUAGGAUGUUUACAAUUUCUGCUGAUUGGCAGAUUUUGAUUUAGAGCUGACUGAAAGGUCAUAUAAUAACUUUCAUAACCAUUCUUUACAAACAUGGUGAGAUGAAAAUCAUCUCCUGGAAAGCUGUAACUGCCAUUGUUGUCUUUUUUUUUUUUUUUCUAAUUGUUUACUGUUCAUGAACUCCUUGUGCUUCUGGAACAUGAUUAGCUGCCUGGAUAACUGCAUGAAUGACAAAGUUUCUAUCAAAAUGGCCGCCAGCCAUUUGUGCAUAUAAAAAAUAUAUACACCUUUUAAUUUUUUUUAUAUUGUUAUCUUAUUCAUACCCAUAUAGAGCGUUUGGGAUAUAUAUAUAUUAUAUGAUAUGUUAUAUUAUACGAUAUGAUAUGAUCUGGCCAAAGAAACAGAAAAUGAAGAUGAUUUUCAUGUCAUGUGCUUUGUCAGCCCCACCACUCCUGCCAAAAUGAUGUAUAUUUUACUCAAGUUUACAUCUUUAUAGAGCUUCCAAAGUCACGCUGGUGUAAAAACAGAUAUCAUGAUCAUGUAACCCAAGCUGUAAGAAAUAUGUUCAUGUGUACAGUAUGUCAGUCUGGUCGUAAAUGCUGUACAGUUAAGAAGCUUGAAAAAUAAUGCAAAGCACUUGUAUUUCAGAUUACUCCAUUCACACUUUUUCAAGUAUGUUUGUUGUAGAGCACAGUGUGUAGUGGAUUGUGAACACCCAUAGCUGUGACCCAACUGCUAGACGUUCUGAAAUAUUCAAUCUCUGCUUUAGUAUUACAAAAGGUUUCCUUAAUGAGGUGAUUUACAAGUUUCAAAAAAUUUACAAAAGUUUUGCUUUACAAAGUCGUGCUUCAUGCAAGAAUCACAUAUUAUACUCGACCAAAAAAUAGUUGAUCAACUGUGAGUUUUUAAAAAUAUGUUUUAGCCAUUCUGUUGAGCUUUAAGGCUAACGAAGGAACACUAGAUUCUAACAUUAACUGAUCACUUAGCAGAGCAUCAUUUUUGCCUAAUAAUCUUUAAUUUCACAAGUUUUCACAACAAAUAAAAUGUUUUACUUGGUUUAAGUUUGGGUUAAAGAUCGCCGUCACACGAUUUCUGUCACAUGUUAUCUAUUAUGUACUUUUAUCUCUUUUAUAGCUGAUGAUAUUUUGUUUUCUAUGGAUCGAAACACAUUUUGCUAAUUUUGUGGAAGUUUUGCUAUUCAGUUUGAUGCUAAUUGUUACACAAGCUUGUAGAACUACAUUGAGCUGAGGUAAUUAAAGUAAACAUGUCUUAGCUGAUUGACCUGAUUAUUCUGGAAUUCAGUGAAAAAGUUGUAUGUUUAAUUUCUUUUUUUAAUAAAUCCUGAACCUUAAUUAAUUUGAAAGUGGAAUAAUCAGUGGACUCCACAUGCACAGAUAACCAGGGGUUGAGGUUGUAAAUACAUUUGUAUUUUUAUUUUAAAUUAUUAUUAUUAUUAUUAUUAUUAUUAUUAUUAAACAAUGAAUUUACUCCCAUUCUAUUGUGUACUCUGACAUAAAGAUGUGUUCUAAGUGCCAAAAUUGAAUUACUGUUAAAGCACUGACUAUAUCUUUUGUGAAUUAUUAAACAAGUGAAUUAUAAAGUUGUA